UAAUUUAACGUUGCGUAACCCAUUGUACAUUUCCCGAACCGUACAUUUAAUCCCCUCGCGGCCCGGCGGCCGGACACGCGGGACUCUAGGGCCCGCGGCUCUCAGGAGCUGCGCGCAGCGAACAGCAGGUAGUUGUGUGGCGCGGGGCGGUGCAGGUGCAGCUGGUUGGCGCGCGCGAGUGCAGCUGAGCAGCCGUCCGUGCGGGUCGUGCGUGCUCAUCUUCUCCCUUUCUCCCCCCGAUGGAUCUCCGUCUUCGGGACUGGGACGAGGUGUCAGGGUUUGCCCAUCGUCGCCCGAGCUCGCUCGUCUGCGCGAUCGUCUUCGACGUGUAACGGCCGUCGGUCGGCGAGAAUCGGCACGGCUGCCAGCGGCAGUGACUGACGAUAACCUCAGCUCGCGCCAACCUCCCCUCGCGCGCGCCUCCAGCGUCGCCAACGGCGACGCGCACGGGACGGCGAGCCCCGCGGCAUGUAAGCCAGUGUGACUCCAGAGGCUCGCUCGCGGAACACCCGUCUACUCCUUGAUGCACCGCGCGCGGCCGCGCCACCACCCCGCGUCAAGCCUGUGUGAUGAUCGCCGUGACGUUGACGGGCAGCGUGUCGCAGUCGAAGCCGAGACCCCAGGGCGUCGGUAAGAGCCUCCCGAUUUGUUGACGAAGGCGUGGAACGUCCGGCCGGAAGAUGACGGAGAGCCUGAUAAGCGAGUGGCUGGCGGACUGCAAGGACGUCGCGCCGGCCGAGCUGCACAUGUUCGCCAGGACGCUCGCGCAGGACAACGAGAUCGUGCGGGCGCUCUACGUGCUCCUGGAGGAGCGCACCAAGUACAGCGAGCUAAUGGACGAAGUGUGUAACCAAUUGUACAACUUCUAUCGGUCUCGGGAAUUGGAGUUGCAAAGGUUUACUCUGCAAUUUCUGCCGACGCUAAUAUAUAUUUAUCUAAAUUCCGCUGCACAUGGUGAUAUUAAGAGUUGUCGCUCCCUGGAGACUCUGCUAAUUGGAUUAUAUAAUCUGGAGGUGGUCGAUAAGUCAGGACAACAAAAAGCGAUCUCAUUUAGAUUACCAUCUCUCGCUAUGCUAUCCAUAUAUCAUGAGCCUGCGAGUCUAGCACCCGCCUCGCUAACCGAAAGCGCAGUACGUCGUUUUGAGGAGUGUAACUCAAAACUUGUGAGCUGGGGUCCGUUGCAACAAGUAGAAACAUUGAAUGCGCAAAACAGAUUGAAAGUUAUGACAGCUUUACUCUUUAUUUAUAAUCAACAACUUGGAUACAUAAGUAAAUUUGCUCUGGAACAAUUGUGCAAAGUCGCAACAAAACUUGUUACUCAAGGAUUUAUGAAACCGGGACACCAUCAACGUUCCUCAUAUGGCAGUGAGUCUAGCUUUGUUCCAAGGCUUUUACCACGUAUACCAGUAUCCAGCCAAUUUCUCUUGGAAUUCUUGCAUGCUGUAUAUUUUGCCAUGUAUAACGAAUGCUGGUAUGUAGGAAACCAAGCUACAGAAGAUAUUCAUAACAGGGCAUGUUACGAGGCAUAUCCAAAUGUAAUGUUAGUCACCAACGCUAUACGCAAUUCUGCCAGUUCUGGAGCCCCAGGUAAUUGUCACGGUCAGCCGAAUGAUGGACCAAUUGGAAUUAGUGUUGCAUUAUCCCCGGCAACCGCUACACCGACCGUUUCAAAGUCUAUGAUCACAAAUGCUUCCUUCCGUACUAAGAAAUUGCCAGAUGACAUACCAAUACAAGUUGUAAAAGAUGAAACUACCGGGGAGAAUAAGGGUAACCUGGUGUCAAUCAUGGAGGAACCAGAAGCAACAGAGCCGAACCGUAUUGGUUCCAUGAGACAAUCAAAGGAUCAAAAGACUGCUUCGAAGAUUACAAAUUUUCCCGUACUUGGAAAGAAACCUAAAGAGAAAGAGGGAAAGGUAACGAAAAAUGCGUCAUCUGAGAGGAAGCUUAGCUCUCAGGCGACAUCGAAGGAGGGUAUUAAGGGAAGUCUAUCGAUGUUGAAUAGCGAACAACAAGCGGAAAUCGACGGGAACGUUAACGGGUGUGCAAUCCGAAAGAAAAAUAAUGUAGAAAAUAACACGAUCAUAAUAGAUCCGAACGUAGCGUUGAUCGAAAGUGAGAGACUGGCGUUAAGUAGUGACAUUACCGAUGGUAAUAAUAUGGAAAAUUCUAUUAAUUUAAGGGCACACAAUGAAACAGAGUCCAUUGGUUCUUCUAUCCAAAUCAGCUCUGUUUAAUGAGGAUAAAGUCUAUAAAAGAACAAAAUGUUACAUAAAAAUAGUAAUGGGCUGAGCGUAUUAAGCAAAUAUAAGCCGUUUUCUUCCAUCUAGUAAAAUCCUAUUGAAUCCAUGUAUAAUGUGUACACGUUGCCUUUUCCUAGAAUUAUUUAAGAUCACACGCACUAUUUUCUCAACGAUGAUACAUGUAUAUUGCCACUGCAUUGCGAUACUUGUAAGGAUCGUAUAUUUUUCUUGACAUGUAGCAAUUUUAGUCAGUCCAUUACUCUAUUGAUCUCCAUGAUAAGUAUAAAAAUCGGAGAGGGAACAAUACGAACUAAAGGUACACGGUUGUUUCGUUAGGUGUUUUGUGCAUAUUGACUAAUUUUUGUAUUGAAAUCUAUAAUUUAUUCCAUAUAUUUUAUAAAUAUACCUCAUCAUAUGAUAUUGUAAUACCUCUUUAUCCAGAUACAGUUGUCGAAUUUCACUUCUAGAGAUUAUAGAUCAUUACAAGCGGAGAAACAAGUAUUAUCAUAACUCAAUACAUAUAUAUUUUGACCCAGAUGUGUGCCUUGUAGUUGUAGCGAGCCUUUCUCUAUGAUUCCAAAUAUAUAAGUGAUAAAUUUGUGUCCAAAGAUACAUUGAAAUUAUCACAAACGCAGCAUAAAAUGAGGAGUGAAGGAGGGCGAGAGGGAGAGGGGAAGCGGGGAGACUAAAACAAAGCUGCGGUGUCACUUAAUUAUAUAAAUGAGAUGAAUAUAGAUACCUAUAUAUAGAGCGUCAGGCAUAUCUGGGUUGAAUAAUAGACACCUGCUAUUAAUUUUGUCAUAAUUGUUCCAAUAUGAUAUUAAAGGUUCAUAAUGAAUUAUCUGUUUUUGCAAAUAGUUGAUAUAUAUUAAUAUAAACAUUGAUAUAUGUAUAUACGAUAUAUAUAUGUGAUUGUUGGAAAUAAUUACGAAAUUCAAAUAUAAAGAGAGACUUUAUUCUCACGUGAACGUUGACCCACGUUGAAAAUGGUCAACUAAUCAGGAAAAUAUGUCAUCUCUGCAUGGAAAAAUGGGAAUUGAAUAGUAUAGAUAUAUAUUUUUCAAUGAACUUCGAGUUCGACUUUGCCUUGUAUUUUAUUACGUGGAUUCUACGAUUUGUGUUUAAAAGUUCGGUCAAGGAUGCGAUCUUUUCGCAUGAGAUCGGUAACAUAAUUUUCUAAAUCUCUAAUUCUAAGCUUAAUAUAUCCAAUUAAUAACAUUAAAAGUGACAAGUAGUAAAAAGAGAAUCUUCCAGGCGUAAUAUGAAUUUUUGUCCACACAAAAAAAUUUUUGGAUGUUUUUACAAAUUAACGUGUGUGUUCGGUACAUAUAUAUAUAAAAGAGGAUGUUGAUUCAAUCUUUAAAGUCUUCAAAGUCCCACUUCAUUUUGCAUGUCUUUGCGCAUUUCUUUUUAGAAGAGAUGUACAAAUAGACGUAAAGUCAGCGAAUGAAAGAGAGAUGCGCCAAAGAUUUCAGUACGCUACGCUACUUCACGUGGUAAUUAGCUCGCGCUUUAAAAUUUCGCUGAGGAAAGUCAAUCCCAUAAAUUCCUCAAAGGACGCUAUAAUCAAUUCCCACUUCUUUAUGCUUGUUCCGUUUCGAGUUCACACAGAGUUGUACUAAACUGUUAAUCUGUAAAUAAUAUAAAAAAGAACUAACUGUGUAUAGAGAAGAGAGAAGAAAGUUUUUUGAUUCAAAUAUAAAAGAAUCAUAAUAUAUCGUGAAUUGCAUUUGUUAAAAAUAGGUCGAAACUGUUCCAAACUGUGAAACAAUAUAUCAUGAACGAAACGGAGUCAAUGCUCGUUUGAAGGUCAAUGAUUAAUUACUCUAUGGCCUAUAUUGUAUUAAUUAAAGUAUAACAUAUGGAUUGUAAAAAUACAAUCAAGUUAUUUGGAAAAGCUGACGAUAGCGACGAUAAGAGUAAGUCCCACUACUUCGUUUAUGACCCUUUACAAUUUCUUUUAUUCGAUGUGAUAGAGACAACCCAACAUUUAAAAUACGAUAUUUUACUGAUACACAUAUCUAAUUAUUUUCAUGCAGGAACAUGUGUAAAUUACCUUCCAUGUUUAUCUUUGUAUUAUUUAAAUAAAACUGUUUUAAAAACGU